AAAAAACUCCACCUGCUUCAGCAACAAUAGAAGCCUUCCUUUAACAUCAUGACAUACAUAUUUGUGAAAACAGAACAGCAGUACAGAGGACACUGUUUUUACUGCGACACACACAAUAGAUAAGAUUCAACAUCAUCCAAAUGAACGGCAGCGCCAAAUCAGAUUUAAAUGCUUCAAGUCACAAUGAAGCAGCUGAGGUUGAGGAAGUGUGCACAGGUUUUCUAACAAAGUCCCCUCCUUCUAGACAGAUUAAAAAUACGAAAUCAUGGAAGAAACGCUUCUUCGUGCUUUCAAAGACAAAUGACAGCUGCCAUGAGCUAAAAUACUACAAAACCACUGAGAGAGACAAACCCAUUAAAUCCAUACAAGCUUCAACCAUCACAAUGCUGCAAGUGCAUCCUCAAGCAAAUCCUGUUUUUGAAUGGAUCUGUAAAGCCUUCAAGUGCUCUCCGACCUCUGUGCUCUACAUGAAAGCAGCAAAUCCAGGAGACAAGGUCCCAAGAGAAUUUUUCUUCAUUGGAGAGAGCAGUGAGGAUAUGGAUAGAUGGUUCAAUGCUAUAUUCGGGGCUAUAAAGAAUAACAAAAUUAAGUCACAAACUGAAACUGAGAGCAUGACUGAAUCCAACUCCAAUGACCAAAGCAUCUCUGACAAUGAGGAGAAAAAAGUUGAUAGUAAACCUCCACUGCCUCCAAGGAAGAAGCCAGCAUCUGAAGAUGUUUCCAUCCAGCAGAGUCAAUGUAGCCAAUCACCCAGAAGCAGCCUAUCCGCAGCACCGGUGUAUACAAAUCUGAAAGAAGAGGAACCACUGAAUGAAACUGCAGUGGAAAGUAACGAGGACAGGUCAUCAAUGGAUAGCAUGACUUGUACAUCUGAAGACAGUUUGUUGGAUUGUGUCACAAAGGCCUUCAGUGAUAUGAAGACGCCACAAACGGCCGCCGAAUCAGACGGACAAAGUGAAAUGCACACCCUUGUCGAGAAGGAAAUCUGCAUCAGUCAUCAUGAUGCAAACAGCUUGGUUUUUACAGAGGAGGAGGGUAAACCAUGUGUAUCUAAAUGUGGGGUGAUAGAGGCUUCAUCUCUGUUCCACAAGGGAGAUCAGAUACUGGCUGUCAAUGACCUGUUGACAGACACCGUGGAGGAGGUACAAACAUACCUAAGAAGACUCAGCAAGAGAGAGGUAAAACUGACAAUUCGAAGGCUCCCAGGCUCCAUUCCUUUGAAUUCUGAACCCUGCUGAGAACACAAACAAAAUUUCAUGCUGCGCUAUGGUUCUUCGUUUGCUUUUUUAGGCCUUUCGAUUGUCUCUUAAGAAUCAGUGUGAAAUAUUUUUUAAAUAAUUCUAGUAGUAGUGCUGUAAUGUAGUCUUUCUUUUGGUGAUUUCUGAAAAACUUCACUGACAUUUAUGAUUUGUGUCAGAUCGUACAGGCUGAAAGUAUUGCUUUUCACACAACCUUGAAGGGCAUACAGGUUUUCAACAGUAAAACUAGACUUGUUUAGCUUUUGUCAUUCUAAAAAUAUUAAUCACAAUUUUGUGAACCUGUGAAUUUCAUUUACCUGCAGUAUAUUUUGUAGCCACUUGGUGGCAGAUUAACACUGAAUUCUGAUUGCUUCUGUUCAGCAUGUAAAUUCACAUCCAAGUAUCUUUUAUUAUAUCACUUUGGCAAAUAAUGUUUUUAGUUUUUUUUAGUUUUUGUUUUUUUUUACAAACGGAUGUAUUAUUGCAGUCACACUAAAACCUGUCAUGUUGGUAGCAAAUCCAAAUGUUUUUUUCAAAUUCUAACUUGGUUUAGAUAUUAUAAUGUAAUAAAUAUAUGCAAAAACAACAUAAAAAUCCUUAAGAACUGACACUGUUCAGCAUGCUAAUGACUUACAUGCUGAACAAUAUUUACCUUGUAUAUGCACAAAUAAGAAAUAAAAUUUGAUUCAGAGAACAAGACCACCAAUGAAA